GUGCGGCUUAUAUAUAAUACUUGGUACCAGUGGGCACGUUCCAGUUGUGAUAUGAUUAGUGGUUGAAGUGGACAGAAUGAAGAUUUCUUCGAUUUUGUGCGCGCUCGUUGCGCUAGCCGUCCACGCCGCCGCCCAGCUGCCCCCCCGACUCAACAUCCCCGGCGCCGUGCUCGUGGGCCAGGCCCGCCCGGCCCCCUUCCGCAACAAUCGAGUCAACGGCGACUCGCCACCGCCCUUGCGUCUGCGUCGGCCGCCGCCGCCGAUCAACGCCGCCCCCGCGCCCAUCCGGCCCGUUGUGGAGGAGCCCGAAGAAGGUCCCUCCACGCCCUCGCCGGGCCACUUCGACGACGAGGUUACUAAACUGGGCAUUUCAGCGCUUCAGUCGGCAGUCAGGCAGGCCUCCGGGCCGGAGGAGGACAACCAGCGUCCGGUGCACUUCCGGCCUGAGCGCCCCAUCCCGGUCCUGAGGGAGAGCAUCAGGGACAGCGCGCCCGCCCCCAGACCCACGCCGCCGCUGAGACAGGAGCCCAGGGAGAACGUGCCGAGACCGCUACUGAGGCAGGAACCCAGGGAGGAGGGGCCGCCGCUGAGGCAGCCGCAGCCUGUGAGGCACGCCCAGGUUCGUCAACAAAUUCCCAUCCAGGCCCCCCAGCCCGUCCGCCAGCCCACCAGGAGCCACCCAGCCCGCCAGCCCUCGCAGUACCUAGACGAAGACGGCCACAACGGCCGCCCUGGACGCACCCGCAAGCCCCCAGUCCAGAUUCUGCGAAAAUACAGAACCGACAACCCCGACGGCAGCAUCACCUGGGGCUUCGAGAAUGAAGACGGCACCUUCAAGGAAGAAACGUUGGGAACGGACUGCAUCACCCGCGGGAAGUACGGCUACGUGGACCCCGACGGGGUGCGCAGACAGUACUCGUACGAAACUGGGAACAAGUGUGACGAGCCGGAAGAAGAGGAACAAUUGCUACCCGAGCGGCCCCAGGUGCAACUGCAGCCGAGAAAGCCGCCGCAGUUCCGGCCCCCGCCCGGGGGGCAAUUCUAGGGUUAGGUAUUAGUCGUAUUGUAAUUAUAAUGCCAUACAAAUAAAUUAAUUAAUACAAAA